GCCCCACCGGCUGGCCGGCCAAAAUCUUCCUCUCGCCCUCGUCACCGUUGCUAAUCGCUCUCUGACACUCUUGCCCUGCUGAUACAUUUAAGCCCCGCGACAGAGGGGGAGGCGCCUCCACUGAGAUGAACCCCUCGCGCGGCCGCGCCCUCGAGAUCCCGCACCGAAUGCCACGUCGGCAGCUUUGGUCUCCUCGGCCGUACGGCACCAGGGAAAAUAUUUCUUGAGAUGGAUGCUGGUUGGGAGCUGCGAUGAAUGCGGGCGGUCGGUGAGGUGCUUGGGGGAGUGGGAGCGCGGCUUCUUGCUCCGUUGCUCGUGUGUGAUUUGGAGGAGUAGGGAAGAGGAGGAUGAUGGGAGCUCUGCAGGUGCAGAGCAAUGGCGGCGACGGUGGUGGUGGGGGUCUCUUCGCUGAGGACCCGGGGUACGUGGAGGUUGAUCCCACGGGGAGGUAUGGCAGGUACAACGAGAUUCUCGGCAAGGGAUCCUCCAAGACCGUGUACCGGGCCUUCGACGAGCAGCGGGGCAUGGAGGUGGCGUGGAACCGGGUGCAGGUGCACGACUUCCUUCGGAGCCCCGGCGAGCUGGAGCGCCUCUACGGCGAGAUCCACCUGCUCCGGUCGCUCCGCCACCGCGCCGUCAUGCGCCUCCACGCGUCCUGGGUCGACGCCCCGCGCCGCGCCGUCAACUUCGUCACCGAGCUCUUCACCUCCGGCACGCUCCGCCAGUACCGGCGGCGCCACCGCCGCGCGCGCCCCGCCGCCGUCCGCCGCUGGUGCCGCCAGCUCCUCGACGGCCUCGCCUACCUCCACGCCCGCGGCGUCAUCCACCGCGACCUCAAGUGCGACAACAUCUUCGUCAACGGCAGCCAGGGCCAGGUCAAGAUCGGCGACCUCGGCCUCGCCGCCGUCCGCCGCCGCGCCUCCCCCCCUUAUUACGCCGCCCACUGCGUCGGCACGCCCGAGUUCAUGGCGCCGGAGGUCUACGCCGAGGACUACGACGAGCUCGCCGACGUCUACUCCUUCGGCAUGUGCGUCCUCGAGAUGAUCACCCUCGAGUACCCUUACAGCGAGUGCUCCCACCCCGUCCAGAUCUACAAGAAAGUCACCUCCGGGAUAAAGCCGGCGGCUUUGUACAAGGUGACGGACCCCGCGGCGCGGCGGUUCAUCGACAGGUGCCUGGCGCCGGCGUCGCGGCGGCCGACGGCGGUGGAGCUGCUCAGCGACCCUUUCCUGCAGGUUGAAGACGACGGGUUUUGCAUCGGAGAAGAAGGCGGCGAUUACAGCGCGAUGUACGAUUACCUCCACCAGCCAGCCUGCUUGGACCACCACCACCAUCACGCCGGCGGCAGCAACGGCUCCUCGGCGAGCAACGGGGCGUCCAACGGCGGCGGCGGCGGCGGCGGCGAUUACGGUGACCGGUGGGACUACUCCGAGGACGACGACGACGGGAGCCUGCUCCGUGGCAUUGACCAGCUGUUCAACGAGAACGAGGACGAGCACGUUGCUGGGGUGGACAUCACCAUCAAGGGGAAGAGGAUGGAGGACGGCAGCAUCUUCCUCCGGCUACGCAUCGCCGACAAAGACGGCACAGGGAGGGUCCGGAACAUCUACUUCCCCUUCGACGCCGACGCGGACACGGCGCUGAGCGUGGCCACGGAGAUGGUGGCGGAGCUGGACAUCACGGACCACGAGGUAACCCACAUCGCCGAGAUGAUCGACGGCGAGGUCGGCGCGCUGCUGCCGCACUGGACGCCAGGUCCCGGCAUGGACGACGACGACGACGCCCCGCCUGACGCGUCGAACGCUCCCUGCUGCAAGAACUGCAGGUACAGCGCCGCGUCCUCCGGCGGCGGGUCGUCGUCGUCGUCGCUCGACGACUACAUGUCCGCGGCGGCGCGGCGCGGCUGCCGGUGCGCGGAGAUGCACGGCCGGUUCGAGGAGAUCACGUUCCAGGCCGACGAGGAGCAGGUGCAGUUCCAGAGUUCAGGGUGCAGCUCCGAUGAUGGAGGUGGCCAGGCUGACGACGGCAAGAAGCUCAUGGGCAUCAAUGGCGCGGCACAGGGCGACGCUACUGAAUGUUCAGACCAGCCAUGAUUUGGUUCGUCACAGGAGCAGAUACUAUUGCCUGAUCACUAUGAUCACAGCAAGAUCGAGCCAUCCCAUGGCGAUUCAAAGAGCAAUUUUCGCGUGUCGGUGUGGGAUACUGGGAUCAGAGCACCGAUCUGCUUGCUAAGAGGGAAAAUUGUACAUGUCGGUGCCGGCACCGUGAUCAUGGAGCUCAGAGGGCUGGCCUUUGUGAUGAGGAUGGUUGACAGCAGCCUUGAUCAAUCAGCAGUUCACAGGGCAAAGUCUCUCUGUCAGAGGCUCAGAGCUGUAUUGCUUACCGACAGCUUGCAAGAACAAAAUCUGUACUGAUGAGCAAUGGUGUUGAUGUGCCAUUCGAACUGCAUAAAUCUACAGUUUCUGGAUUCGUUUUGUUGGUUUUCCUGUCUCAAAGAUCAGGCGGAUUCGAUACGCAAGAAACUGAGAUGUGAUCAGGGUAGUCUGAGCUGCAUGUAAAUAAACUUUUGAAAGUUUUAGAAAGGUUGCAAACCUAUGGAAAGGUGUAGUUUGUUGAAGUUUGAACAGACAGAUGCUUCACUAAACUGAAACUAGCCUUUUUCAUUCUAA